AUGGUCAGGGGACUUGAAGUGGCCCUGAAGACCCCCAUCGGGGAUGCACUGCUGCUCAUGGGGCUACUGACCACAGGCCUGGUCCGGUCGUCGGUCCCUGCCUCGGCCCCCCGAGGUUUCUGGGCCCUGCCUGCAAACCUGACUGCCGUGGAGGGGGCUGAGGCGGAGCUGCAGUGUGGGGUCAGCGCCCCCGGCAGUGCAGUACAAUGGGCCAAAGAUGGGUUACUCCUAGGCCCCGAUCCUAGGAUCCCAGGCUUCCCAAGGUACCGCCUGGAAGGGGAUCCCGCUAGAGGUGAAUUCCACCUGCACAUUGAAGCAUGCGACCUCAGCGACGACGCGGAGUAUGAGUGCCAGGUCGGCCGAUCUGAGACCGGGCCGGAGCUCGUGUCUCCCAGAGUGGUUCUCUCCAUCCUGGUUCCUCCCAAGGUGCUUCAGCUGACCCCUGAAGCAGGGAGCACCGUGACCUGGGUAGCUGGACAGGAGUAUGUGGUCAGCUGUGUGUCCCCGGACGCAAAGCCAGCACCUGAGAUCACCUUCCUCCAGAGUGGACAAACAGUGUCGGAUAUCUCUGCUAACGUGAACGACGGGUCCCAGGAGAAACUGUUCACCACAGAGGCCACGGCCAGGGUGAUACCCCAGAGCUCGGAUAAUGGGCAGUUACUGGUCUGUGAGAGCUCCAGCCCCGCUCUGGACACGUCCCUCAGGGCCUCAAUCACCAUGAACGUGCUGUUCCCCCCAGGAGCCCCUGUCAUCGAGUGGCCAGGUCUGAAUGAGGGACAUGUGCGGGCCGGGCAGAGUUUGGAGCUGCCGUGCAUGGCCCAAGGCGGGAAUCCACCAGCUAUGCUGCAGUGGCUGAAGAAUGGCCAGCCCUUGUCCACAGCGUGGGGCACGGAGCACAUCCAGGCGGUGGCACGAAGCGUGCUGGUGAUGACGGUGCGGCCCGAAGACCACGGUGCACGGCUCAGCUGUGAGGCCUCUAACAGUGUCUCCGCGGGGACCCGGGAGCAAAGUGUCACACUGCAAGUCACCUUUCCCCCCAGUGCCAUCACCAUCCUGGGUUCUGCAUCCCAGUCUGAAAACAAGAAUGUCACGCUGUCCUGUAUCACCAAGUCCAGUCGCCCGCGGGCCCUACUGCAAUGGUGGCUGGGCGGGCGGCAGCUGCUUCCCACGGAGGAGACGGUCAUGGAUGGCCUGCACGGCGGCUACAUCUCCAUGUCUAACCUGACGUACCUGGUGCGGCGGGAGGACAACGGUCUCACCCUCACCUGUGAGGCCUUCAGCGAGGCCUUCACUAAGGAGACCUUCAAGAAGUCGCUCACCCUGAGUGUGAAAUAUCCUGCCCAGAAGCUGUGGAUCGAGGGACCCCCUGAGGGGCAGCUCCUUCGGACAGGGACCCGGGUGAGGCUGAUGUGUUUGGCCAUUGGAGGCAACCCGGACCCCGCCCUCACCUGGCUCAAGGACUCGCGCACCGUGACCGAGCCGCGGCUGCCCCAGGAGCCGCGGCGUGUGCAGCUGGGAAGCCUGGAGAAGUCGGGCAGCACCUUCUCCCGCGAGCUGGUGCUGGUCGUAGGGCCGUCGGACAACAAGGCCACGUUCACGUGCAAGGCGGGCCAGCUCAGCGCGUCCACGAGGCUCGUGGUGCAAUUUCCCCCAACGAACCUGACGAUCCUGGCCAACGCGACGGCGCUGCGCCCAGGGGACGCCUUAAACUUGACGUGCAUCAGCAUCAGCAGCAACCCACCGGUCAACCUGUCCUGGGACAAAGAGGGGGAGGGGCUGGAAAGCGUGGCCGCACUGCCCCAGAAGGCGCCGUUCAAAGGCUCGGCUGCAGCCAGGAGCGUCCUUCUCAGAGUGACAUCCCGCGACCACGGCCACCACGUGACCUGCCGCGCGCACAGCGCCGAGCUCCGCGAAACCGUGAGCUCCUUCUACCGCCUCAAUGUGCUGUACCCUCCUGAGUUCCUGGGGGAGCAAGUGCUCAAGGUGACCGCGGUGGAGCAGGGUGAGGCUCUGCUGCCCGUGUCCGUGUCCGCUAACCCUGCCCCCGAGGCCUUCAACUGGACUUUCCGUGGCUAUCGCCUCAGCCCAGCUGGCGGCCCUCGGCAUCGCAUCCUGUCCGGUGGGGCUCUGCAGCUCUGGAACGUGACCCGUGCGGACGGUGGCCUCUAUCAGCUGCACUGUCAGAACUCAGAGGGCACCGCUGAGGCGCUCGUGCGGCUGGACGUGUACUAUGCUCCGGUCAUCCGCGCCCUCCAGGACCCCACUGAGGUGGAUGUCGGGGGUUCUGUGGACCUAGUCUGCACUGUUGAUGCCAAUCCCAUCCUCCCAGAUAUGUUCAGCUGGGAGAGGCUGGGGGAAGAGGAGGAGGACCAGAGCCUGGAUGACAUGGAGAAGAUCUCAAAGGGGUCCACGGGGCGUCUGAGGAUUCUCCACGCUGAACUGGCCCAGGCUGGUGCUUACCAGUGCGUGGUGGACAAUGGGGUGGCACCUCCAGCCAGAGGGCUGGUCCGUCUUGUUGUCAGAUAUGCCCCUCAGGUAGAGCACCCCGCGCCUCUCACUAAAGUGGCUGCAGCUGGAGACAGCACUAGUUCUGCCACCCUCCACUGCCGUGCUCGAGCUGUCCCCAACGUUGUCUUCACCUGGACGAAAAAUGGGGUCCUUCUGGAUCUCCAGGAUCCCAGGUACACCGAGCACACGUACCACCAGGGUGGGGUCCACAGCAGUCUCCUGACCAUUGCCAACGUGUCUGCAGCCCAUGACUAUGCCCUCUUCACGUGCACGGCCACCAAUCCCCUGGGCUCGGAUCAGACCAACAUUCAACUCGUCAGCAUCAGCCGUCCUGACCCCCCCUCGGGACUGAAGGUCGUGAGCCUGACCCCACACUCGGUGGGGCUGGAGUGGAAACCCGGCUUUGAUGGGGGCCUGCCGCAGAAGUUCCGCAUCAGGUAUGAGGCCCUGGACACUCCAGGGUUCCUCUACAUGGAUGUUCUGCCAGCCCAGGCCACUGCUUUUACCCUCACUGGGCUGCAGCCUUCUACACGCUACAGGCUCUGGCUGCUGGCCAGCAAUGCGCUGGGAGACAGUGGACUCGCUGACAAGGGGAUUCAGCUCUCUGUGACUACUCCAGGCCUGGACCACCCCUCUGGAAUACCGGACCACCAGCCGCCCACAGAGCAGCCUGCAGGGCCCCCAGGGCUGCGUCUGCUGCCUGUGCUCUUUGCCGUGGGGGGUCUGCUGCUGCUUUCCAACGCCUCCUGUGUCGUGGGAGUGCUCUGGUGGCGGAGACAGAGGCGUGUCUCGGAGGGUAUCUCAGAGAAGACAGAGGCAGGGUCGGAGGAGGACCGAGUCGGGAAUGAAUACGAGGAGAGCCAGGGGACCGGGGACAGGGACACUCAGAGCUCCACGGUUAGCACCGCGGAGGGAGAACCGUAUUACCACUCCAUGCGGGACUUCAGCCCCCGGCUGCCCCCCACCCUGGAGGAGGUGUCCUUCCCCCGAGGCCUCGUGGGUUUUGAAGAUGAAGGCCUGGCCUUUCCUGGGCACCUGUAUGAUGAGGUGGAACGAAUGCACAUCCCAUCUGGGAGCUGGGGACCCCUCUACGAUGAAGUACAGACGGACCCCUAUGACCACCACUGGCCUGAGGACAAGUACGAGGACCUAAGAGGAAUCUAUGACCAGGUGGCAGGAGAUGUGGACACCGUGGGACCUGAUUCUCUACCCUUUGAUCUCAGGGGAGAGCUGGUGUGA